CUGGGCACAGCACUGACAGCCCAACACGGGGUGUAAUUAAAGCUAUUUAUCAUCCUGCUGCCGCAGCGGGACCAUCGAUCCUGGCAGCCCGGCUCUAAGGGCUCCUCUGGGAGGAUGGAGCAGGAUAUGGCCCAGGUCCCUGGGGCUCCAGCUCCUGUCUGCUGUCCAGGGAACACCUGCGCCAUUGGCCAUAGCACCUGGUGCUGGGCUCCUGGGGAAUGACUCUGCCAGUGUGGUCACUCCUGCUGCUCUGCACCUUUCUCAGUGCUGGAGCAGGGCCUCUGGCUAUCCUGGCUCCAGUCUGCCCUCGGGGAUACCUGGCAGGGCUGAGGGUGUCACUGGGGUCAGGUUGGGACCCACUUUUGCUCUCUCUGACAGCGGGUGGCUCCUACUACAUGAUCUCACGCUCCCUGGGACCUGAGUUUGGUGGGGCUGUGGGGCUCUGCUUCUACCUGGGCACCACCUUUGCCGGUGCCAUGUAUAUCCUGGGCACCAUCGAAAUCUUGCUGGCCUACAUCUUCCCGGCCAUGGCCAUCUUCAAGGCAGAGGACGCCAGCGGGGAGGCGGCCGCGAUGCUCAACAACAUGCGUGUGUAUGGCACCUGUGUGCUGACCUGCAUGGCCACUGUCGUGUUCGUGGGUGUCAAAUACGUCAACAAAUUUGCCCUGGUCUUCCUGGGCUGUGUCAUCCUCUCCAUCCUUGCCAUCUAUGCUGGUGUCAUCAAAUCGGCCUUUGACCCACCAAGCUUCCCGAUCUGCCUCCUGGGCAACAGGACCCUCUCACGCCACGGCUUUGACCUCUGCACCAAGAUGGUGGUGGAGGGGAAUGAGACGGUUGGCUCCAAGCUCUGGGAGCUUUUCUGCACCUCCCGUUUCCUCAACGCGACCUGCGACGAGUACUUCACCAUGAACAAUGUCACUGAGAUCGAGGGCAUCCCUGGCGCUGCCAGUGGCCUCAUCCAAGAGAACCUCUGGAGCUCAUACCUGACCAAGGGCGUGAUCGUGGAGAAGCGGGGGCUUCCCUCAGUGAGCUCCCCCGACACCCCAGUGGAUAUGGACCAGCCCUACGUCUUCAGCGACAUGACGUCCUACUUCACCCUGCUCGUCGGCAUCUACUUCCCCUCAGUCACAGGUGGGAGCCUCCUGGGUCCCGCUCCGGGCACAGCGGGCAC